AUGGACCAGCCACGACCCCAUACUUCCCAUCCAGCCGUCCCAAGCACACCUGGAGGUUAUCCUCGAAUUGAUACUCAGAUGGCAAAUGCCGCAUUCCAGAAUGUCCCGCCAGCAUAUACGGCGGCAGCACCGGGUACCUUACUUAUACCUCAGUAUGACCCUUCGCAACCUGCGUCGUAUGCAUCAAGUCCGAUAGUAGGCCCAUCUGGAAGACCGAGAGCAGCGACAAAUACCGAGAUACCAUCAUCAAAUCUAGGGAAUCUCGGCAACAUGACGCCAGUGGCGCUUUUCUCAUCGAGUGCACUUUCAAGAAACCCACCUCCACGGCCUCAAAAUCCCACAGGACUAAACCCUUUACCUAUGCAACAACCGCGGCAUGUUUCGACACCGUUGCACUCGAACCCCGAUGUUUCACGACCCCUUCAACCAAACGGCUCAAAUCCAAACCUCCCAUUUGGUAUCCCACCACCUCCCCCUAAAAACGAAAAUACUUGGCAAUCGACUUGGGGUAAAACACAUGCAAGAGAAUGGGAAAGCCGACCUACGAUUCAGACGACGUUCCAAAACACUUAUCACCCACAUGGGAUGCCCUACCAACUUCCCGGGUCACCUCUCACAGCGCAACCACCGUCUCAAAUCAACUAUGCACAUGCCCCAAUACCACAUAUCCCGCCGCCACCAUCACAUCCGGCCCCUCCUCUGCAGAGUAACCAAUCCCUUCAGCCAUCACAGCUCGUUAGAGAAGCAUUUCAUAGGACUGAUUCAGAACCUUCCGAGGCAUCAUCAGUGUUCUCGAAGCCAGAAAUAGACGAAGCUAUGACGCCUCUUACUCUUCACACUCCUUCUUUGACACGGCAUCCGCAUGUUCUACCUGUAAGAAGCGAAACCCCAUCCUCAUCUGCGCCGCUGUCUGCAGAAGAUAUCGCAUCGUGGACGAUCGAAAAAGUGACAACCUUUCUGGGCGACCACCAUUUCGCAAAGGAAUGGCAAGAUGCGUUUCGGAACCUGGACAUCUUUGGCAAAGAGUUUUUGCUUAUAGGCCAGGUUAAUGGCUAUAAUCUCCUAUAUAACUCAAUCUUACCUGAAGUGCAGUCUCUAUAUGGCCAAUCAGCAAAACAGGAUCGGGAACGCUAUGAAGCACGAAGGCUCAAGAAACUGGUGCGCUCUUUAGCACCCGCUAUAGACGAAUCACCCGUUACUGGAUCUUCGUCAGCGCCUGAUAAAUCACCAACUCUAGCGCCGUUAAGCCUUAUAAAGCGCCAAAAUAGAAAUAGCACGAUCCCACCCGGUAGUGACUGGGCUGAGCAAAUGCGUUCUGUGACACAGCCUCCGAGGACUAAUAUCACCAAGUCAGCACUAUCUUCUUUAGACUUUGGCGGAAGACGGCAUUCGCCAAGUAACUCUGAUGUGUCGUUGCCACUGCCGAAUGCGCCUGCUCUCCAACCUAAUAGUAAACCUUCUAUACCUGGAUCGCCUCAAUCGUCCCCAUCUCCUAUUCAUGCCACACUAGUCCCACGGCAUGGCUAUUCGAAUUCUACAGAUUCAACACAUUCGAGGCCAGAGGGUUCUCGAUUAGUUAGCGAUAGUAUACUGACGAAGAAUCGGCCAAAAGGGAGACCUAGUUUUGGACACGACUCCCCAGAUAUUGGGAAGGAGUCAGUCAAAGAUCGUGGAAAAGCAAUACUUGGUAGGAUCGGCCGCUCAUGGGGUAAAAAACAAAAGGACGAAUUCGAUGAAUCGCCAACUAGUCCAAAUCAAUUUGGAAUGCAGCCUCCGAGUAUGCCCUAUAUCAAUAGCCAUAAUAGAAGCGACUCGUCUUUGGAUAGGCCGUCCUCUGCUACGUCUAUUAUGUCGGAAUACGACACAAAAUUCCGAGGAAGGGGGUUGCUCAAUCCAGGACCUUCGGUCAAAACGCUUUUGUUUUUUGUUACGACUAACGGCAAGCAGUUUAAUCUCUUGGAUUUAACUCAUGCAAAAGAUGCGGAUACUGUUAGGAAACUGAUAUGUCAUGUCGUCGGGAUUGACGACUGGGAAUCAACUAAGAUUUACUUGACGGAGGUGGGACAAACCGAGCAUGAGGCACCUUUGACGGACCAAAUGCUCAUGUUGAGCCGACGGCAUGGCGACAACCUUGCAUGUGUCAAAUUCUAUGUCCAGGAACCUGCCCCUCCACCCGGGGGCAAGAUCAUGGGCCUUGGAAUUAACACUAGCGUCAGUGGGUCGAAUUUGCAGACACCGAUUGUUCGCGCGCGCAGCCAGUCGCCUGUACCACCUUCACCAUCACGCAAACAACACGACGAAGGCACGUUGACCGCGUUAGAAAGAGGUAGAAUAUUGUGGCCUGAGGAAUCCCUAGAGAGAAACGAUCCUCAAAGAGCGGCUUCCACGGGGCCGAAGAUCAACAUCACAGAGCCGAUUAGCGCUCGCCUCAACGCAGAGUCGAUAGACACCGCGUUGGAUGAUAUACGAUCGAGGAGUCCAAUCAACGUAGGCAAUGGGUUUGGUAAGAAGACUCCCUCCCAUUCGAAGGCUACUUCGAUAGACCUUCCCAUCCACCCUUCACCGGGAGGGGAGUCAACACUGCCAUAUCCAGAUUCCCCGGUGUCUGAAAAGACGUCAAUGGUACCCCCAUUGUCCAUGCCAGCGGAACCUACAAUGAUACCUCGCAAGGCAACCCCACAAAAUAAUGCGACCAUGACUUUCGGUGAGCUCCAUAAGCAGCGUACGAUGACCAUGGAAAAUCAAAAGUCUAAAAUUAGGAGAAAAGAUCAUAGCAUUGAUGAUACAAAGACUACAUUAAGCUUCACCAAAGUAAGCAGUCAUGUUGUUGAUUUUGACCAUCCUCGAACUUCGCCGUUCGAGGAUAAGAGGCAUUUCGAAAACGAUGUCAAGCCGGAGAGGGACAGUUGGAAGCCUCUCCGGAAGCCUCCGCCGCCUCCCAGUGUUGAGUCCAAUACUCAGCGGGGAUUGCCGUUGUCCUACAGAAAGCCAAUAGUUGAUAAGAACAAGCCAUCUAGGAAGAGAAGUGUGAAUCAAGGGAGAGGAAGCGUAGCGGGGAAUCAAGAGAUGUCGGAGAAAGGAAAGAGACAAGGUCUUCAAGUGGAUGCGAUGUCAGCGAGCGGAAUUGCGGCUUCAUUGGCUAGUGCGGGGCUUCAAGGUGCUGGCUUUGGAAUGACUAUGGGAAGCGUCAAGCCCGGUGUGACCAGGAAAGGCACGCAGGGCUCUGAUGCUUCUAGUAGCAAGUCCACCCCUACCUCGCUUCCGCCACUGACGUUGACAUCAGGAAGAGCUAUGGCGACAGUCAAUUUUGACAAGGUUGGCGGCGGAAGCCCAGGUAAAGGUGGGAGCCCAAGCAGUCCAGGUUUCACAUGGGGGAAAGGAAAUAUGCUGUUCAAGAUUCCUGACUAUUCACAAGAAGCAUCUCCUGAGGCUAUAGAUGGUAAUACUACUUCGUUCUUACGGCCUGAUUCGAUGUACUGUGGAGGGGUCUCACCCGCAAUAAGUCCUGGAGCCGAAAACCCGCCACCCCUGCCCUUCAACGCUGGUGAUUUCCACGAUCUCGAAAUUAAAUUUACACAGACCCCAACAAAACCUGGAAAGGAUGACUCGGACGACGACUCGGAUGACGGACUCUUCCAAAAACCACUAACAAGAGAACAGAAAGAUUCCUCUGAGAGCCCUGUGGAAAAAGCCGACUCAUUAAAAGGAGAAGCUUCACAAAAUGAAGACGAUUCUGGAGACGACAGCGACGACUUCUUCCAAAUCCCUAUCCCUGGACGUGGAAAGAAAAGCCCGGAGAAACCCAAGGCCAGCGACGACGAGUCAAACACUAUUCGCAAAACUGUUGUAUUCGGAUCCAAGGAUUCUUUUAUUUCGCCAAUUCAAAGCUCUGCAACCCCCGGAUCCGACGAACGAGGAUCUUUGUCAUCACCCUUCCCGGAGUACGAACAAGGCGACGAUAACGUUAACAUAUCGCCUUCACCAAUUAAGAGCCGAUAUCCUCGACCGGAAUCUUUCAACGCGGAUGAUACUAACGUCUGGGCUUCACGUCCCCCUGCGGAGACACUCGUUCACCAUCUCGACGCAUACUUCCCGGAUAUUAACUUGGACGAACCUAUUAUAGAAGAAACCGCCGUGGUAAACGACGCUAUAGCAGAAGAGAGCAACUCACCUCCCGCAUCCCCACUUCCUAGUACUUCUAGUCAUUCCACCACGAUGAAUGCCCUAAAUCGCAGGGCAAGAGAACAACAACCACAGAUGGUCACUGCAUCUGAGAUUCUUAGUAGAACUGCUGAAAAGUCCCUCGGAAAACAGGGCCUGGGUAGGAUGAAAUCUAUUCGUGAGACCUUUAGGGAAGCACAUGACAUGAAGCGAAAGGUGCCAAGUAUUAUAGGAACUCAGACGGGUAGGAAUGUCCGAAACAGUACCGUCAUGAGGAGAAAGAGCACGAAGAUGUUCGGCGCCAAGCUCGUAGAGCUUCAGGCCGGUGCACACGCAAAGAAGAUUGCAUCUAUCGCAGCUGCAACUGCUUCGCUAGAUAAUAGAAGUGGUAUUAAGAGACAAGCCACCUUCAAAUGGUUCAAGGGUCAACUUAUCGGCCAAGGAACCUAUGGCAAGGUCUACCUGGGUAUGAACGCUACGACCGGUGAGUUCUUAGCUGUCAAACAGGUAGAGGUUACACCCAACGAUUCGCGCAAGGCGCUCAUCAACGCACUUAACCAAGAAAUCGAGACCAUGAAAGAUCUCGAUCACGCAAAUAUUGUGCAAUAUCUUGGUUGUGAACGUAAAGAGCUGUCCAUCAGUAUUUUCUUGGAGUAUAUUCCCGGUGGAUCGGUUGGGAGUUGCCUCAAGAAACAUGGAAAAUUCGAAGAAUCAGUCGUCAGAGAUUUGACAAGACAAAUGCUUGACGGACUGGCAUAUCUUCACAGAGAAGGUAUCUUGCACCGAGAUUUGAAGGGUGAUAAUAUCCUCCUCGAUCUCGAUGGUACAUGCAAGAUCUCCGACUUCGGUAUCAGUAAGAAGACCGAAGAUAUUUACGGUAACGACGCUUCAAACAACAUGCAAGGUUCUGUCUUUUGGAUGGCUCCAGAAGUUGUCAACCCGAAGAAAGGCCAGGGUUAUAGUGCCAAAGUCGACAUAUGGUCUGUCGGCUGCGUCGUGCUGGAAAUGUUUGCUGGCCGAAGACCAUGGGAAAAUGAGGAGACAAUCGGUGCGAUUUUCAAGAUCGGCUCCGAAAAGAAGGCCCCUCCAGUCCCCGACGAUGUCUCUCAGCACGUAACCCCUGAAGCCAUCGCCUUUAUGGCUGAUUGUCACACAACCGAACCUUCUGAACGACCAACUGCAGAAACUUUGCUUACACAGCAUCCAUUCUGCGCCUUUGAUCCUAAUUAUAACUUUUUGGAUACAGCACUGUAUCAUAAAAUCUAUUCCUUUGUUAACACAAGCGUUUGA